CGCGGUGUCGACGCCAAAGCCGUGCAAACAGACCGCGUUUCUUCACCGCGACGUGACACGGACAGAGAGUUAGAAGCUAGUACAGAAGGCACAUACGUGGUCACUGGCAAUGGCGUCGCCAAAACAUUCUAUCGGUUAUAGUAGAAGCUCCCGGUCAGUUUGCAAGGGCCCCGCUCCUUGCAAUGGCUCCCCAAUCCAGGUCGGAAGUUUGAGAUAUGGGCAACUUGUUCCAGGAGAAUAUGGUGAAACAGUUGCUUGGCGUCAUUGGGGAUGUGUCACUCUGGAUAUCUUGAGAAGUCUUGCAGUAGUGGACCAAAGUACAAUCAUAGGCUUUGGUAACACUCGUCCGGAGGAUCAAGCAAAGGUUCGGCGAGCGAUUGCAAACCAAAGAGUAGAUCCAGCAGAUGUUCCUUUGACCGCCAAGACAGCUACCCCUAAUGUGGCUCAUGUUACACCUUCCACCUCCCAGGCGCCUGCUCUGAGUCAGAAAAAGCGCAAAGCUACAUUUACGCAGGCAGCACAUACAAACUCCCAGCUGAGCUCUGCAAGGCCGACCAUACGAACCACCACUGUUCGUUCUAUCAUACAAGAUGAGGAUGAUGAAGUCACCAUUAUCGAGCCCGACCCUGUAGAUGUCCUGUAUUGCUCCAUGAGUUCUAGUAUUGUCGGUGUGCAAUACUACAAGGGCCUCGUUGGUGCUGGGGAGGAAGUCCGGCUGAUUAGAGAGCCGCAUAACAAAUAUGACAGGAAUGCCAUCCAGGUCAUGAACAUUGGGGGUACUCAGGUUGGGCAUAUAUCGAAGCAGGUGGCUGCGAAGCUAGCCCCUUUGUUGGAUCGCGGUGCGAUCACCAUCGAAGGUGUGAUGCACGAAGGAAACUUGUCUGGAUUUAGCUACUCACUCUCGAUGACACUGAAGAUUUAUGGCUCGUCUGAUAAAAGAGACCAGCCAGAGCCCCAGCUAAUUUGGGCUACUCCUCAUCAGCGCGGGUUUGCACCUCGUGGAACAGGGGGUGCGACUGCACAAAUACCCUCUUCUAGAUAUGCAGCUGCGCCUGCAGUGGCAGGCACAUCUUAUGCAUCUCAGCCGUUUUCAAGCCAAAGACGCGGAGCCACAUCUAAGGCCCAGCAAGAGGCUAUGAGAAAGCAGCAAGAGGCGCAGCAAGAAGCUCUGCAAAAAGCAGCAGAGCUCAAACAGAUGCUGGGUAAUAUGGAGAAAGUGGAUGACGAGGGAAGACGUGCCUCUCUCCUGGAUGCGUUAUGUUCUGUCGACGACAUUCUCAACCUUCCGAUACAUCCCGAUCCCCCCGGCGUCGCCAGUGGUGACUUAGUUGUUGAUUUACUCAAGCACCAGAGCCAAGCGCUGCAGUGGUGCAUCGACCAUGAAUACCCGUCUUUGCCGACCAAGGAGUCCGACAAGCCAGUUCAGUUUUGGCAGUACAAAAAAGAUGGCUCAAAGCCCUAUUACUUCAACAUUGCAACAAAAACUCCUCAAGCAAUAUCAUCCCCUCCUCUGCUCGGUCGCGGUGCCAUCCUUGCAGACAGCAUGGGGCUGGGUAAAACGCUUACCAUGCUGGCUCUCAUUCUUGCAACUAAGAAGGACAUUCCCAAGGAUCAUUCGAAGAGCACGCUUAUUGUCGCUCCACUUUCUGUCGUGUCUAACUGGGAAAAACAAAUUGAAGAACAUUGUGUCAGGGGCGCAAUGUCGAGUUGUGUCUACUAUGGCGCAACUCGCGACAUGACACCAGAACAACUCUUGCAGUAUGAUGUCGUCAUCACAACGUACCAGACGGUCGCCGGAGAGGCUGACGUUUCUGCAUCCGUAGUUGGUGAUGGACCAUCUAAGAAGAAAAAGAAGGUCGAGAGGGCGCUGUUCGCCGUGAAGUGGAAGCGAGUCAUUCUCGACGAAGGACACACGAUUCGUAAUCCGAAAACCAAGAUGGCCAAAGCUGUUUGCAAACUUACAGCCCAGCGUAGAUGGGCAUUGUCUGGCACCCCCAUCAUCAAUUCCCCAAGGGAUCUGGGGUCUAUCUUGACUUUCCUUCAGAUUUGCCAUCCACUUGACAACGAGGACUUUUAUAAGCGCCUGGUCCUGCGUCCUCUGAAAGAAGGAGAUCCCUCCGGCGCAGAACUGCUGCGAGCUUUGAUGAGCCACAUUUGUAUCCGUCGUACCAAGGAGAUGCAAGACACCGAAGGGAAGCCACUUGUGCCUUUACCUCCGGUCGACAUGACUGUCAUUCCGGUUGCAUUAGGAGAUGAAGCACGAGCCCUCUAUGACGCCAUUGUAUCAGUUUCUCAGCAGCGUGUGGAGAAAAUCCUGAACCAGCAAGGAGGAAUGACCGCUACGUUCACGACAAAUGUCCUUAGUAUGCUAACACGGCUACGACAAGUAGCUCUACACCCAGGCCUUCUUCCUCCGAACUACCUGGAACAACUUCGCGCUGCAGAGGAUAAAGAAGAAUCUGCACAUGUCGCUCUUCCGAUUACUCAAGAUCAGAGGCACUGUCUGCAGUCUCUCCUCGCGCAAGCUAUUGAAGACAACGAAGAGUGCCCUAUCUGCUUCAGUGUCCUCGAUGAUCCUAGGAUCACGGCCUGUGCCCACCCUUUCUGUCUUGCAUGCAUUUCUGAAGUGAUAGCCAGAGACCCGAAAUGCCCAAUGGAUCGUCGUACCCUUAAAAUGGGUGAUUUAAUAGAGCCACCACCUCCCACUGAACUUACUCAAGCACCUGUUCGUCAUGAUGAGCACGAAACUCACGAUAGCACACUCCGAACAGGAUCAUCUGCAAAGAUUGAUCAGUUGAUCCAUGUCCUCCAACUUAUCCCUAGCGACCAGAAGAGCCUUGUUUUUUCUCAAUUCACUUCAUUUCUGGACAAGAUCGCCGAGGCCUUUGAGGAACAUGGCAUUCCAUAUGUGCGGUUCGACGGUCGGCUGUCAGCAAGGCGACGGCAAGAGGCCCUUGAGCAAUUCUCUAUUCUACUUGAAGCUGAAGACGACCUGGCGGUUGACUCCGAGACACCUCUUCCGCCACGCAGAAGACAUACGUCGAUGCAAACAACCCUAGCGGAAGAGGAUGCCCUUCUUGAGGACGAUGAUUCCAGCUUCAUCGUAGAUGACGCUGAUGAUGAUGAUAACGACUUUGAGGAGGACAUUUCUACCAGGGCCAAGAAAGGGAAGGGAAAGUCGAAGCCCAGGAAUAAAGGUAAAGCGAAAGCAAGAUACGGCCUAGCAGCUAGUCAGAAAACUAGAUUCGAUGGCUCCGCUUUCGGAAUCAGGAUCCCCAGAGUGAUGUUGAUUUCCUUGAAAGCUGGGGCAUUAGGUCUGAACCUCACCGCAGCCAACAAUGUCUUCUUGAUGGACCCAUGGUGGCAGGAGGGUAUUGAAAGUCAAGCAAUUGACAGAUGCAAUCGUAUCGGACAAAAGCGACCAGUUCACGUUUACCAGCUGAUCGCGGAGAACACUGUCGAGUCCAAAGUCCUUGAGAUACAAGAGAAAAAGAAGCUUCUAAUUCAACAGGCGCUUUCUGGAAUCAAACGUGUGGAGACUCAAAGGCAAAAGAAGGAAGCUAGAUUGCAAGACCUCAUUGAAUUGUUUGGUGGCAUUCACCCGCAACCGGGUCGAAUUUAGGCUAUAUUCUGGUAAUUCAUAUGAUCAUGAUAUGUUAAUAAUUCUCCCCUUGAACUGCUACCCCAAGUACUAUGAAGCAGAAACACUGCACGUAGGGCUCGAAUCAAAAUCAUACUUAAUUUGUGCUGUGGUAAUAAGAUUUACAACUUUACAUAGUGCCAUUGAACGUUCCCAACAUCGAA